AACUUUUCCGCGACGUCAGUCCACGAUUGCUAUAACGCUCUUCUGAUAACAAUUAAUGUGAUAAAGCGCUUCCGGUCAGAGUUGAUAAAAAGCAACUCGAUGAUCCGUCCGGGGGUAUUAUCGAAUGGCGAGAACGAUUAUUUUCGCCUGAAAACGGAAGUGCGAAGCGACUACUAACUAGGUCCAAUAGUGGAAUGAUUGGCUCAUGAAGGAGAGAUUUUCUAGAUCAUGAGGAAACGAUUCGUCGCGUGGUAGCGCGAAUCACGGGGGACAUCAGUGCAACGUCAGAAGGCUGAUCAUCAAACACUCGAAGCUAAUCGAUCUCCGAGAUCACGAAAAGAAAAAAGUGCAAUCGAUAACGUGUGAUAUGUGAUCAUUGUGUCCGCUAAUAGAAAAAGACUAUUCAGUUAGAAACCAAGUUAUCGUUGAAUUCCCAGAGAUAUCGUGGCUUGACGACAACUUAACUAACGACGGUCUGCUAUCUGGGUGCAACAUAUUCGCAAUUGUUACGACGUGUGUGAUUCAAAUGAAAAAGUAGCAGAUAAACGAGCAGCUUUUUUAAAAAUGAGCGAAACUGAGUUCGCGUGACAGGUUUCAAUAGAGUUAUCGAAGUUGACAGAAAGUUGACAAUGAAAUUAAGUUGUCGUUAAGUUGACAUUGGAGGAAGGGGGAAUUAACAAGAACCCUGCAGUGUUUUGAAAGAAAAUAGAUAUAAAAAAGUAAAUGUGGAGAACGACGUAUUAAAGUGACCUACGAUUUUGUUAUCGAGUCCGUCCAAUUGAAGCUGCAAAUUAGAUUUUACUCUUUCGAGUAUUACGCAUUGAAUAUCGUCGAACUCGACGAUCAAAAUUGAAAAGACUAAUAGGUGUGAGGAAACUGAAGCUUUUCUCGCGGAUAACAUUAAUUUGUUAUUCGUUAAUGAAGUCACGAGGUCGAAGAUGCGGACGACAACGUCGACGACGGAGACGACACGAUCUCGAUGUGUACGGUGAGAGGACGUGAAAUGCCAAUUCCUUCCCCCGUUCGCUCCUGUUCGUGAAAAUAGUGCGACAAUCAACGAUGGAUCUCAGCACGACGCCUAGAAGGACUACGGAAGGCGUCGGUGAUCUACAGAAGACCAGAGUAGCAAAGAGUGUCUUCAGCAUCCGCAGCCUUGUCGACGUCGAGGAAACGGAGCUACCCACGCAGGAUGACGAGCGCCCGCUAAAUCAUUCGUCGCGAGGAGGCAGCGAGCAGGCCGUCCCGCAGACGAGUCCUGCGAGCAGCACGAGCAACUCGAGCCAGGUGACUCAGGUGAGCCAGCAGGUGAGCCAGCAGUCUCACCCGCAGUCUCACCAGCAAUCAGCGCCAGCGUCAACGACGACGACGACAACACCUCAGUCCACUCAAAUGGGUAUCUCUACCGAGGAGGUAAGGCCCGAGGAAGAGGGCACCCACCCGAGAGCGGCGCCGACCAGCCCCGAAAGCGAAGCGGAGGCGGACGACUUUGCGCCCAAGAGAAAGCAACGUCGCUACAGAACGACUUUUACCAGCUUUCAGUUGGAGGAGCUUGAAAAGGCCUUCUCCAGGACGCAUUAUCCGGACGUGUUUACGAGGGAGGAGCUCGCCAUGAAGAUCGGCCUGACGGAGGCACGGAUACAGGUCUGGUUCCAGAACCGGCGGGCCAAGUGGCGUAAACAGGAGAAGGUCGGGCCCCAGGCACAUCCCUACACACCGUACCCACCACCGUCGGCGGUCGUGGCGCCGACCUUGCCGAACCCCUUCGCCCACCUGGUCAACUUCCCCCACAGGAAGCCUUUCGACGCCUUUCGCUAUCCGCCGUUGGGUCAUGGCCCGGUCCUCCCCGGUAGUUACGCUGCUCAUCCCUAUCAUCGGGCCCCGCCACCGCUGCUGUCUCCCGGCAUGCCCCUGCCGUACGCAUCCCCCUUUCAGAAUUUGCUAGCGAACAUAUCGGCGGCGCGGCCGAAGUUGGUGCGUGGUUCGCCACCCCCGCCCCCGCCACCUGCCUCCGCGAUAGCUCUGUCGCAUUCCCCAGUGGCACCCCCACCCCCACCACCACCAACAGCCACCUCGCCGCAGAGCUCACCUACAGGUAGCGUGGGAUUACCGGACAUUGACAGGAGGACCAACAGCAUCGCCUCGUUGAGACUUAAAGCCCGCGAGUACGAGAUGCAUCUGGAGAUGUUACGUAAGAACGGCGAUCUCAUAAGUUGAAACGCUGCUGAUCGAAUGUGGCAGACAACGAGCGCGAGUCUGUCCUGAAUCGAUUCGAUAGUCAUGGAUCGAUAAAUUGGAUAGACAUUCUUCCGCACGGAGAAUGUCAGCAGGUUGAGUCAAGUGAAUGAACUCAUGAAAUUCUUAAACAUUUAAAUCAGUGUUUGCCCAACGUGACGUAUCUCAACCAAAUAUCAAAAUACUUAAUCGAAUGCUGCAACAAAUAGCGAUUGUGAUGUUUAACUACUUAUGGCGAUUUUAGAUUGUGUAACGUCGCAUUGGUCAGACUAUGAUUCGAGUAUUGUUGAUCGAUCCAUUGAUAAUCGUGACGAACUUAGGAAAAUGUGUGAUCGAGUUUCGUGGUAAACUGUAUGUAGCAAGUGCUAGUACGUUUGUUGAGCAGGUCAGAUUCUGUAUCUGAAAAGAUGGAAUGUGAAAGGCAUGUGAUAAGUUCCAUUUUCCAUCAAAUAAUCUAUCAUCAAAUUCGUAAUGAUUUCAAUAUGUUUACUUUCUGUAUGUUUUGCA